AUGGCGUCGUCGUCGGCGGGCGACGCGAGCGCGAGCGCGGAGGGUCUCAAGGGCUGGCAGGUCACGAUGAUAUCCGGCUCCAUCUCUGGCGCCGUCGCGACACUCGCGCGGCAGCCCAUUCAGCGGCUAAAGUGGAUCCGGCAGGUGGACCCGGGGCAGCCCGUUCCGUACGGCACGGUGCUGCGGAGGACCGUGCAGGAGGGCGGCGUCCUCGGCCUCUUCCGCGGCUCGACCGCCGGGAUUGUCCGCAACAUCCCACACUCGUCGCUUGUCUACACAAUCUACCCGUGGUGGGAGCGAAACAUCAAGGCGGCGCUCGGCGGCGAGGCGCGAGGCGGCGAGUCGAGCUUCGGGACGCGCUUCUUCGCCGGCUUCGCCACCGGCUUCUGCGCCACCGUCGCCACGCACCCUCUCGACACGAUCCGCGUGCGCAUCAGCGAGGCGAAGCUCGCCGAUAUCCUCUCCGACGUCGGCCGGCAGGGCGGCGUGCGGGCUCUCUACCACGGCUUCGCCGCGACGAUGGCUGUGUUUGGGUACUUGGCCGGCCUCUCGGGCGAGCUGCUCAUCUACCCCCUCGACACGGCGCUCGGCGACGGCUCUCCGCUGGCGAGGAAGAGUGCGAUCAUGAUGGUCUUCCGGCAAGAGGGGCUCAAGGGGAUGUGCGAUGCCACUCCUCUCGACGGCGUCUCGCUCACUGUGAAUGAUUGCGUCAAGGACAUGCUGCGUCCUUACCGGAGGAGGGCGGAGGGACGGUGA